AUGUCCUUCCUUCUCAAACCUACCAAGCUUCAGGCCGUCAUGAGCAGUGCAGCGCGCCGCCACGCAUCUGCCUGCGCUGGCGGCUGCGGAACGUCACAGCCGAUCGAGUCCUUGCUCGGCCUGGAGCCGGGCACGCCGCCCGAUGCUCUCCGUAAGGCCUUCCUCGAGCGAGCAAAGGCGCUGCAUCCGGACCUGGGAGGGAGUAACGAGGCGUUUGUCAAGCUGCAGGCCGCGUGGGAAGCGCGCGACAGCCAGUCGUGCUCGUUGUCAGGCUUCAAGGGCGGACCGGUGCUCCGCCGGUCGACGACCGAGGUGCUGCGGUUCGCGAUCCGCGUGAGCGACGCGGCGUGGAUCAUGGCGCAGCAGGAAAUCCUCACUCUGGCGGUGCAGCGCGCUGCGGUGGCGAGCAGCACCUCAGCCGCCCGGCCGGACGUGCCUCCUCCGCGUGUGCGCCGGAUCAGCGAGAGGUGCGAGAAUGUGCUCUCGCUCGAGCUCGAGGCGCACAGCCCGCGGCACCGGGACAGCCUCGCAGACGGGAUAGGCCGGUUUUCGGGCCGGCCCUUCCUCGCGCAGCUCCGCGACAGCUUCGCCGCCGCGGGCGGGCCCGAGUCCAUCUCUCUCCGGCUUGAGUCGCAAGUGAGGUGGCACACGGCGGCGGGCGGCGCAGCUGCGGUUGUGGACGCAGGGCGGCUGGCCGAGGGAGGGCGCGGAGAGGAUUCGGUCGGGCCGCGCGACGCCUGA